AUGGAAGAAUCUAGCCAAAGUCUCCCUCGAUCAAGGUCCUGUUUAAGUUAUUGGCAGCGGACAACUCGUGCAUUUCCUUAUUUGUUCUCAAAUCAGUCAACAGCACCCCCAUCAGCCUGUAAAUAUGUUAUUAUUGGAUCCGGGAUAUGUGGAGGGCUCACUGCUUUUGAGCUACUAGAGGCUGGUGUCAAGGGUGAGGAUGUGGUGAUCCUAGAGGCGCGCGAAGCAGCCAGUGGAGCAAGUUCACGGAAUGCGGGCCAUGUCCGACCCGACGCAUUCAGGGGCUUCAGUGCUUAUUCCAAAGUGCACGGCGUAGAUCAAGCCCUGAAAGUCAUUGCUAAUGAGAGACUGGUACUGGAGAAAGUGAAUGAAUUUGUGAAGCGGCAUAAAGUGCCCUGCGAUUUCAAUUUAACGGAGACAUUUGAUGUCUGUAUGACUCCGGAAUUUGCUGCAUAUGAGGCUGAAAGUCUAGAAGCAUACAAGCAGGCAGGAGGUGAUACCUCGCAUAUCAAGUUCUAUGACGGGAAAGAAGCCCAAGAAAAGACAAGGAUCCCAGGAGCUGCUGCUGCAUAUGAAUGGCCAGCAGGAUCAAGCCAUCCGGCAAAGCUUGCACAGUUUCUCCUCCAGUCUGUUAUUGAAAGAGGUGGAUCAUUAUAUACCUGUUGUCCAGCGACAGACGUGAAACAGAACGAGUCCAAGCAAGAGUUAUGGGAUGUACAUACACCCCGCGGCGUCUUGACGGCUGAAAAGAUAUUCCACUGCACUAAUGCGCAUGCAGCCCUGCUGCUUCCACAUCUGAAGUCCUAUAUCUUUCCAAAUCGCGCACAGGCUCACUCUUUAAUACCGACGCCGGCCUUCGCAGCGGAGAAAACGUUACAAAGUACCUUCUCCCUUCGCUAUAGCCUUCUUCACUUUUAUUCUCUGAUACAGCGCAAGGGUGACGGUACACUAGUGCUGGGUGUCUCGCGAUCAAACCCAACCCUGAGUCCAGAGACAUUGGCUAGCCGCUUCAGCACUGACGACAGCAAAUUCAAUGAGGAAAUUGCACAGGAUGCUUUGGAUAGCUUUGGCAAAAUCUUUCCUAGCUAUGGCAAUGCUGUGCAUGGUGAGGGCCUGGAUCAUGCUUGGACUGGAAUUAUCGCCAUGACAACUGACUCUGUUCCCUUUGUUGGGCCAAUCGACUCGCUUCCUGGACAGUACAUAUGUGCUGGAUUCAACGGACACGGUAUGGCACGCAUAUUCACAUGUGCCCCAGGCGUAGUGAAGCUUGCCCUUGGGAAGCUAUGGGAUGAUACAGGUUUGCCAGAAUGCUUCCGAUUCAGUCAGGAAAGACUUGAGCGGCUUUCUAGUGGGAAUUUGCCAUCUGUUUGGUAG